CCGUGUACCGGAGUCAUUGACAAGCUAGCUAAACUAGCACACAGUGUACUUCGCUCCCGCCUCCCCUCGCCGUCGUUAACAGAACUCGGGCAAAACAGAAUUCUUUAAAACGGCGACUUUUUUGGUCAAUAUAUAUGGCUAUCCUACAUGCAGACUAGAAUAGACCCUGGUAUUUGUUGUGCCAGUGCUAAUUCUAACAAUUUUGAAGGUUUGUUGCAAUCUCAUAUUUACGGUAAUAAAUACUUAGGUCACGAGUUGUUGAACGGAAGUGCAAUUGCGCACGCAUCACGCGUUGUUUUAAUUUAUCGACAUCUACGGCUUGUUUAUUGAACAUUAGCUUGGAAAUUGUAGACUUUACUUCACACAGAUAAUACAAAUCUGUAAUUUGGGCUGGACAAGAUGGCCAGCUGCAAUUUUCAGGCGCAGUUUAUAUCCAUUAUGGAGAUAUUAGCUAAAGCAGCGGUAACCGAAAUAAACAAUCGUGUUGAUGAUAGCUGUGCUGUUAUACGUUUGGAAAUGACCCAAAGCCAGCGAGAUAUUGAUGUACUGAAAAGGAAGUGUCAAAUGAUGGAGAGCGAGCUGAAGAAGACACGAGGAGUCAGUAGAAAAGAGAGAUCUUCAUAUCCAGUCAAGAUAGUUUUGAACAAGCAGAGGAGUAGUUCACAGUGGAGAGGUGGAGAGAUGGCUGUUGAAGGGGACUCUCAACCCAAGCCUACAGAUGUGGAGCAGAGAGAGGCGACAGAGUCCAUACUGAUCAAAGAUGAGACGGCAGAGGAUGUGUGGAAGACUGACCCUCAGGAAGAGCUCAGGAUCACUGGAGAGGAGUCUGGUUCCAAGCCUGGGAAACCACCAUCCUUUGAGCAACGGCACUGUGAUGAGGACUUCAUCACACAACCCAAUAUAUCUCCCAGAGACGCAGUGGAACAUUACCCCAAUUCUGCUCGUCCAGAGGAACCAGGCACACCCUGGCUUGCGUCUACAGAGGUGUUCAGCACAGAGCAGCACCGGCCAGACGAGGACUCACUAGACCUAGUGAAGAAUGAGAAAGAGGAGGAGCUGAAUCAGACCACGGCCCUGGCAGGACCUGACCAGUUUGUUAUGGAUGAGAAUGAUGGGCAGCUAUGGGCCUCUGUGGGUCCAGGUAGAGACACUGACCCUGAUGGCCAUCCAGAUUUCUCCUUUCAUUCCACAGAAGAGUACUCUCAGAAUAUCUCAAUGGUCCCAUCUCAUAGUGGGCUGUCAUCUGUUCCUACUAUGACAGAUGAUGUAGGGCCAUCGCUUCACUCUUCUAUAUGGAAACCACAUGCUAACCUGUUCAGUGCUGCAAAACACAUGAAAAGACAUGUCAGGACAUUGGCUGAUGAGACUCGACAACAGAUGUCAGAGGGACAGAGUAGUGAGAUGCUGAAUUCAAAUAAUGAAGGAAAUAGUUUAGCUCUACAGCCAAGGCAGCAUCAAUACAGGGCUUCAGAAGCAACAGUGAGAUUGAGUGAGUGCAUGACAGGGUCAAACAUGGCCACCACUUCCACCUUCUCUGGAUACAGCCUGAGUCGCAGUAGUUUUAACAUGGUGAAGAGAAUGAGAACUCAGUGGAGAUCAGGCGGAACCACCGAGAGGCGUUUCAGCUGCACCUUCUGUGGGAAGAGCUUCCCGCGUUUCUGGCAGCUAAAAGAACACCUCCGAAGUCACACCGGAGAGAAACCGUACACCUGUGAACAGUGUGGCAGGAGUUUCACCAAGCAAUGCAACCUGAUCAGACAUGCUGUGGUCCACAGCGGGGAGAAGCCCUACAAGUGCACACAGUGUGGGAAAUGCUUCCCCCAGCGCUCCGGUAUGAAGUCACAUCAGAGAACUCACAUAGGAGAAAGUCCAGUAUCUCAAUACGUGGUACCCGCAUACCCAGGGGAUCCACACACAAGUUUAAUGUUGUCUCAGACCAGAUGGAACAAAUAGUUAAUAAUUGCAUAGUUCUUUCUGUAACACUUUAUGGGUAAAUAUGGUACAGAAGGUAAAAUGGUGUUCAUGUUUGACUGUUAAUGGCUCCUCACUUAUAAAAUAAUUAUCUAUUUAUUUAAAAACAAACAAUAUAUUCUAAUUUACAGUGAAAAUGACUCAAAUGACACACUACAUUAUUUACUUUUAAUUUCUAUUGGGCACAACAUAAUGAGUAUAGAAAAGUUGGGCAUACGCACAUCCUUAAAUGUGCUGGGCUAAGAAAGAAUACAUGUACAGAUGAGGAAGGCCCUUCACACUGUUUAUGCUCCCAAUUCACUACUUUAUUGACACAUUUUUGAUCCAAACACAAAAAAAUGCUAGUGUUUCCAACAAGUUUGUAGUCACAUGCAUGUUGUAGUCAUUGCGUGCUAGGACUAUGGGACCAAAUACUAAACUUUUGACAAUGUAAUACUGUUAAGUAAAUUUGUCCAAAUAGUUAUGAAACUUUCAUGGAGGGGGGGCUAGAUCAAGGUCAUACAUUUCUAAACAGUAAAGAAGUUAUGUAUGAAAAUACCCUCAAAUAAAAGGUCACCUCAUAAAACAUUUGAUGCAAAAUGCUGGAGUAUAGAGCCAAAUGAAAAGUGUUCGCUUCAUUUUCUAAAUAAAUACAUAGGGGACUGUAUAUGAAGAGUUUUAUUCCAAAACACUAUCCAUUUUCAGAAAUGUUAGUAAAUUGGUGGUCACACCAGAUACUGACGGUUUUCCUGAUCUACACCCCAACUUUUUUUUGUUUUUAAAGAAUCUGACCAACAGAUGCAUAUCUGCAUUCCCAGUCAUGAUGAAAUCCAUAGAUUAAUAAAAAAAAUUGGUCAAUUGAUUGAUUUCCUUAUAUAAACUCUAACUCAGUAAAAUCUUUGAAAUUGUUACAUGUUGCAUUUGAAAGUUUUAUGGUACGUAUUGCUUUUUUGUUUUUACACUUACAGAUCAUUUCAAAACGUUUACAUUUUUCCAUAACAAUGUGAAGAGGGGUUUUUUCUCUGCCUGUUUCAUUUUAUGGAUAAAGAAUCUGCCAUGAAAAAUAAACUAACAAUGAAAGUUAAAUCGGGGGUCCAUAUAAUUUGUAGUUUAUUUUAAAAUAAAAUCUAUCUCACUCCAAAAUCUUGUGACAUAAGAACAGUCCCAAAAUAAAUGGUCAAGAGUCACAACCACAAAAUACACAUUUGUUAUCAAUAGCAAUUUUGAAUCUGAGUACAAUAAAGGUCUUUAGAGGGUAGAUUCUGUGAAUG